AUCAAUAUCUUAAAUACUUGAAUUCUCUGAUACCUGGUGAUUUCAUUCCACCCUGAAGAUUGUUCAUCAGGUGGUUAAUAUUGGUAUGUUUUAGAGGGUUGGCAGAAGAUGGGAUCACUAGAAAGGUCAAAAAAGAAAGUUAUGCUAUGGAAGAAAGCCAUGGCGCAUUUUUCUCUUUGUUUUGUGAUGGGGUUCUUUACAGGCUUUGCUCCAACAGGUAAAUCUUUAUUUCCCAGCCAUGUUGCAGCCUCAAAUAGAUCAGAAUUUGCACCACAACCUAUUGAAGUGUCACAUAUGACAACAAAUGUCAAUAGAAGUUGGAUAGCUCCAACGCCAGAGACAAUGCCAACAAGGUCUAUAGUCAACAAGCAAACAACAAAAUUUCAUGCAAAACAAGGACCCCAGUUGAAGCCUCGGAGGCUUCUAAUCAUUGUAACUCCAACAAGCACAAGACUUCCCCUCCAAGCAGUGGUUUUGACAAGGUUGGCAAAUACUAUGAAGUUGGUUCCUCAACCAUUGCUUUGGAUUGUUGUGGAAGGGCAAACAGAUUCUACAGAUGUUUCAAAGACACUUAGGAAGACUGGCAUCAUGUAUAGGCAUUUGGUUUCCAAGGAAAACUUCACGGAUGUGGAAACUGAGUUGAAUCACCAGAGAAAUCUUGCUCUCAAGCACAUUGUGCAUCAUAGGCUAAGUGGGAUCGUACACUUCGCUGAGCUUUCCAAUGUUUAUGAUCUUGAAUUCUUCCAACAAUUAAGACAUAUUGAGGUGUUUGGAACAUGGCCAACAGCAAUGUUAGCAGCUAACAGGAAGAAAGUGACAAUCGAAGGACCUGUAUGUGAUUCUUCACAAGUCAUGGGGUGGCAUUUAAAGAAUAUGAAGAACGAAACUGAAACAAUUACCCCUCCCAUUCAUAUUUCAAGUUUUGCAUUCAAUAGCUCCAUCCUCUGGGACCCUGAGAGAUGGGGUCGCACUUCUUCUGUUCAAGACACAUCUCAGAAUUCAAUCAAAUUCGUGAAGCAAGUAGUUCUAGAGGAUGAAGCAAAGUUGAAGGGAAUUCCCCCAGAGGACUGCUCCAGAAUAUUACUUUGGCGUUUCAAUUUUCAUGGCCGCACCAUUUCAAAUCAUAAAUCUCUAACUACUACAUCAGAAGGCAUCACAAGAUAAAUGGGAAAGCCAGAAAAUAAUGAACAUAAAAAAAGGGGGCCAUUGGAGAAAUAUACAACUUUCCCACUGUGAGGAAUUUAUUCAUUAUUUCUUACAUUUACUUUUAGAAAUUUCUCCUGCAUGCUAAUGAUUUUAUAGCAUCUUUUUAUUUUCACAAGUU